GAAAUGACUACCGUUCGAGGCUUUGUGGUCUGGGAGCUUGUGAAGAAGAACAACUGCUUCUUGAUAAAACAGUUCCGCAACAGCAACGCCAAGCUGCGGUUCAGCAAGGAGUCCAACAACCUCUACAAUGUCAACUCCUACAAAUUCUCAAGCUUGGCGAACAGCAAGACCGUGGCGGUCCAGCCAUCAGCGGGAGAGGACAAGGCUGUUGUCCGGUCCACGACCAAGACCAAGAAGCAGAACACCCCUGCCAAGCUCCAGCACAAGACUCUGAUGCGCAAGGAGUUCCGCAAGAUGGCCAAGUCUGUCAAGAAUUAG